AUGCUGUACGUCGUUGGAACAGCCCUUCGCGACCUAUUCUUUCACCCUCUGCGUCGUGUCCCUUGCCACUGGCCGUGGAUUGCCUUCCCUCUGCUGCGCCACAUAUCAGCCGUCCGAGGCAAUGUGGAUCUCGACAUCAAGCGAUGGCACGAACGAUACGGCCCGGUUGUGCGGUUUUCACCGGAUGAGGUCUCCUUCAUCAGCUCUGAAGCGUGGAAUGAGAUCUAUGGCCGCCAUGACCGCUGCAAAUCCCUCCCCAAGUCCAAGUUCUCAAACAGCAACACUGCGGAUAUCAUCAAUGCGAAUGAUAGAGAUCACGCCAGAUACCGUAAGGCGCUCGCCCACGGGUUCUCGAUCAAGGGUGUUCGCGAACAAGAGCCUAUGAUUCAGGGUCAUAUCGACAAGCUUGUCGCACAGCUCCAGUCUUCUGCAGAUACACGCCAGCCCGCCGAUCUGGUUACCUGGUAUCGACUCACCACCUUCGAUAUAAUAGGCGAUUUGGCAUUUGGCGAGCACUUUGGUGGUCUCGACCGCGGGCGCUAUCAUCCCUGGGUCGCCUUUAUGACCAGGUACACGCGCCUAAUCCCCUUCUUCAAAGCGAUGGAUGAGUAUCCAGUCAUCUUCCGCACCGCGUUCGCUUUUAUGUCGGCCUCCUCCCAGGCGAUUACGGAACAGAUGCAGUAUAGUCGGGCGUUAGUUCAAAAACGCAUCCACUCAGUUCCAUCGAGCGUUCAAGGCCGCCCAGACUUCGUGGACUCCAUUAUGCGCCAGCGGGGGACAAAGAACGAGCUGUCAGAAAUGGAAAUCGAGGCCAAUGCCAGCGUCAUCAUCAUCGCAGGGAGUGAGACUCCAGCCGAUCUGCUAUGCGCGGUGACAUACUGGCUAUUACGGACACCCGAGGUUCUUCGUCGUGUUCGGGAUGAGUUGCAGGACGCGAUCACCACCCCAGCUGAUAUUACCUUCCCUGCCGUCACCACAAAGUUACCUCUUCUAACAGCAUGUCUUAACGAGGCGUUGCGACUGUAUCCCUCCGUGCCAGGUGGUUUGCAGCGCGUUACAGUAUCCCCGAUUACCCUCUUAGGGUUUACUAUCCCUCCUAAUACCCAGGUCGGCCUCCACCAAUUCACGGCCUACACAUCGCCAUCCAACUUCCACCGCCCCGAAUCCUUCCUCCCAGAACGUUGGGACCCAGAAGUGACCAACAACCCAGUGUCGCCCUUCUACAACGACAACCGCGAGGUAUUCCAGCCCUUCUCGGCCGGGCCCCGCAACUGCAUUGGCAAGAACAUAGCAUACGCAAUAAUGCGAACGGCCCUUGCGAGAGUGCUUUGGGAAUUCGACCUGAAGCUGUGCUCUGAGAGUGAGAACUGGCAUGUGCAGAAGACGUAUGGUUUAUGGGACAAGGGGCCGUUGCUCUGUCAGCUGCGCAGAAGGGAAGGGCAAAGUAAUUAG